GCCGCGGAGCUAUGGACGGCAGCGGGCCCUUCGGCUGCCCCAUCUGCCUGGAGCCGCUCCGGGAGCCGGUGACGCUGCCCUGCGGCCACAACUUCUGCCUGGCCUGCCUGGGCGCGCUCUGGCCGCACCGCGGCGCGGGUGGCACCGGCGGGCCCGGAGGCGCGGCCCGCUGCCCGCUGUGCCAGGAGCCCUUCCCCGACGGCCUGCAGCUCCGCAAGAACCACACGCUGUCCGAGCUGCUGCAGCUCCGCCAGGGCUCGGGCUCCGCGCCCGGGCCCGGCCCGGCCCCGGCCCCGGCCCCGGCCCCGGCCCCGGCCCCGGAGCCCACGCCGCCCAGCGCGCCGCCCAGCGCCCCGGAGCCCUCGGCUCCCUGCGCGCCCGAGCCCUGGCCCGGCGGCGAAGAGCCGGUGCGCUGCGACGCGUGCCCCGAGGGCGCGGCCCUGCCCGCCGCGCUGUCCUGCCUCUCCUGCCUCGCCUCCUUCUGCCCCGCGCACCUGGGCCCGCACGACCGCAGCCCCGCGCUGCGCGGACACCGCUUGGUGCCGCCGCUGCGCCGGCUGGAGGAGAGCCUGUGCCCGCGCCACCUGCGGCCGCUCGAGCGCUACUGCCGCGCCGAGCGCGUGUGCCUGUGCGAGGCCUGCGCCGCCCAGGAGCACCGGGGCCACGAACUCGUGCCGCUGGAGCAGGAGCGCGCGCUCCAGGAGGCGGACCAAUCCAAAGUCCUGAGUGCCGUGGAGGAUCGCAUGGAUGAGCUGGGCGCUGGCAUUGCACUGUCCCGGCGCACGGUGGCCCUCAUCAAGAGCGCAGCCUUGGCAGAGCGGGAGAAGGUGAGCCGACUGUUCACCGAGGCUGCGGCCAUCCUGCAGGGCUUCCAGGCAGAGGUGCUGGGCUUCAUCGAGGAGGGGGAGGCCACCAUGCUGGGCCGCUCCCAGGGUGACCUGCGGCGCCAGGAGGAACAGCGCAGUAGGCUGAGCCGGGCCCGCCACAACCUCAGUCAGGUCCCCGAGGCCGACUCGGUCAGCUUCCUGCAGGAGCUCCUGGCAUUGAGGCUGGCCCUGGAGGAGGGGUGCGGCCCUGGGCCCGGCCCCCCAAGGGAGCUCAGCUUCACAAAAUCCUCCCAAGCCGUGCGGGCGGUGAGAGAUGUGCUGACGGCGGCCUGUGCCAGCCAGUGGGAGCAGCUGCGGGGGUUGGGCGGUGAUGAAGACGAGCUGCAGAAGUUGGGCACGGAAGCAGAUGCCGAGUCCCAAGACCCCGAUAGCACCAACAACGUGGAGAGUGAGGCUCCCAGGGAUUACUUCCUCAAGUUCGCCUACAUUGUGGACCUGGACAGCGACACGGCAGACAAGUACUUGCAGCUGUUUGGGACCAAAGGUGUAAAGAGGGUGCUGUGUCCCAUCAACUACCCUGAGUCACCCACCCGCUUCACCCACUGCGAGCAGGUGCUGGGUGAGGGCGCCCUGGACCGGGGCACCUACUACUGGGAGGUAGAGAUCAUCGACGGCUGGGUCAGCGUGGGGGUCAUGGCCGAAGACUUCUCCCCGCAAGAGCCCUAUGAUCGGGGCCGGCUGGGCCGCAACGCCCACUCCUGCUGUCUGCAGUGGAAUGGACGGAGCUUCUCCGUCUGGUUCCACGGGCUCGAGGCACCCCUGCCCCAGCCCUUCUCGCCCACCGUCGGGAUCUGCCUAGAAUAUGCUGACCGAGCCCUGGCCUUCUACGCCGUGCGGGACGGCAAGAUGAACCUGCUUCGGAGGUUGAAGGCCUCCAGGGCCCGCCGGAGCAGCACCCUGGCCUCCUCCAUCGACCCCUUCCAGAGCCGCCUGGAUGGCCAUUUUGCAGGACUCUUCACUCGCAGGCUCAAGCCUGCUUUCUUCCUGGAGAGUGUGGACGCCCACCUGCAGAUCGGGCCUCUCAAGAAGUCCUGCAUAUCUGUGCUGAAGAGGAGGUGAUGCCGGAGGGCAUGGGGCCUCCUGCAGUGUUUCUGCUCCUGGGAAGCUAGCUUCUCUGCACACCCCCAUCUUGACCCCAGGGAACGGCACUGUGGAGCCUCCCCAGGCUUCUCAUUCCUGGAGGCCUCCUGGGCCUUCCACCUCUCAAAGGGCGUCCCUCAGACCCCUUGAAAUGCCCCUCAGACCCUGUCCCCCUGUAGGCCUUGUUUCUGGGAGAGAAAGCCAGAGCUGGGACAGAUCCAGGCUAUCCGGUCCCUCCUUUCCCAGGUUCCUGGGACAGUGCCUGGCACAUAGUAGGUGCUGAAUAAAUAUUUGUUGAAUGAA